CCUAUAUGCGUUUGACAUAACACUUUCUAACCUAAAAUAAAUUAUACGCUAAUACGAAUCGCUUAAAUUUACUAUUUUUCAAAAGAAAUGUAUUCUUUAUAUAAAAUAAGCGCAGUGGCUAUUCGCGCGCCACAAAUUCCAAAUAUUUUACCACGUCUUUCAAAUAUACACAACUCGCAAGCACUUCGAACUUUGUGCACAAGCAAGGGUGUUACAGAAGACCCACAAAAUGCCAUUGUAGAAAAGGAAACACCAGCGGCGAGUGCUACUAGUGUAAAAAGUGGAUUUGCAUUAGCUUUUGAUAAGCACACAGAGGCGACUACUAAUAAACCUGAAGAAGUUGUUGACGAUGAAACGUUUGCUUCAUUGUUAAGGAAAUCGAAAUUUAUAGAUUUAGGUGAUGCGGAAGGCAAGCUUGUGAGUGGCAAGAUCUUCCAUGUCGUUGGAGAUGAUUUAUAUAUUGAUUUUGGCUGGAAGUUUCACUGCGUAUGCACACGCCCAGUACGUAAUGGCGAGGACUAUGUGCGCGGUGCCCGUGUGAGGUUGCGCAUCAAAGAUUUGGAACUCUCAACGAAAUUUUUGGGUUCAGAAAAGGAUUUGACUAUUUUAGAAGCUGACUGCCAAUUGCUUGGUCUGUUAUCAUCACCUGCUAGACAAAGUCCAAAGUCAUUAAAUGUGAAUUAAAAAAAAAACUUUAUUUACAUAAAAUAUAGUCAUAAUCAAUACAGAAAAUAUACAACAUA